AAUCUCUUCUUGUUUCAGCGAGAGCGAAAGGAGCGUAAAUUGUACAGUGAUGACUGGGCUCUGGGCGACGAGGAGAUCGAGGGUCACCACACGUUUGACCUCGACCAAAAGAUAAAAUCGGACGACUUUAACUCCUGUUUUGUAAAAGACAUGACCGAUUUAGAUUAUAAUCUUGCGCACGUACAGGAGAAUGGAUUUAAUUGGCCGUUGCUCUUCAGAGAGAAGUCAAAACUCGGCAUCGUAAUACCAAAUACAGAUUUCACCAUCAAUGAUGUUCGUCUGUGUGUCGGGUCACGUAGAAUGCUGGAUGUGAUGGACGUGAACACACAGAAGAACGUAGAAAUGACCAUGAAAGACUGGCAGCGGUAUUUUGAGAGCCAGGACAAGGACAAGUUGCUCAACGUCAUAUCCUUAGAGUUUUCUCACACAAAAUUGGAGUCCUUGAUCCAGGCUCCAACUGUAGUACGUCAGAUAGACUGGGUGGAGCGAGUGUGGCCACGACAUUUAAAAGAAGCCCAGACUGAAGCCACCAAUGUACUCGAAGAUAUGAUGUAUCCCAAAGUUCAAAAAUACUGCCUCAUGUCCGUCAGAGGCUGCUACACAGACUUCCACAUUGAUUUUGGUGGCACGUCAGUGUGGUAUCACAUUCUCCGGGGAAAGAAAAUCUUCUGGUUAAUACCUCCAACAGAACGUAAUCUACAGCUUUAUGAACAGUGGGUCCUCUCAGGCAAGCAGAGUGACAUAUUUUUCGGGGAUACAGUGGACAAGUGUGCCCGUAUAGAACUGUUUCAAGGAAACACCUUCUUUAUACCCACCGGAUGGAUUCAUGCAGUAUAUACCCCAGAAGAUUCCUUGGUGUUCGGCGGCAACUUCCUGCAUAGUUUUGGAAUUGAAAAGCAGCUGAGAGUCGCCCAGGUGGAAGACGCGACACAUGUACCGUCAAAGUUCCGAUACCCAUUCUUCACGGAGAUGCUGUGGUACGUGCUAGAACGGUAUGUCCACGUCCUGCUUGGUCGCUUGCAUCUCACGCUCCCUCCUGAUGAACAAGAAAAGUACAUUAAAUAUAUGUCUACUAAAAUGAAGGCCAAUAAUAAUAAUCAGCUGAAUGAGGAAGUGAAGGCGGAAGGAGAACCCAAGGUCGAUGUAAAUAUGACCAUACCACCCGAAGAACACGUCCACCUGACCCAGUACGAACUCCACGGACUCAAGGCCAUCGUCAUGUACCUCCACGCACUGCCUACUAGUAAGAAGUGCGUGCCGGACCUCAUCACAGACCCCAUAGCGCUCAUCAGAGACGUCCGCACGGUGGUAGAGAAACAUAGAUAUGACAAGCCUGAGUUAGCCAGAACUUCUAAGCCAGUCCUAGAGUGGUGGCCGAGGGAACCCACAAAAUUUGGGAUAAAGCGACCACUGGGAGAGCACACUGGAGGAGGGCUUAAGAGAAGACGCAGAAAUUCUGACGAAAACAGAAUCGUGGGAUUACCUCCAAACGUUGCAAAGAUAAGACACCGGAGAGUUAGAUGUAAAUUUUGCGAAUCAUGUUUACGAGAGGAUUGCAAGAAGUGCGUUUAUUGUCUAGACAUGGUAAAAUACGGAGGCCCUGGUACAAUGAAACAGACAUGCAAAAUGAAAAAGUGCACACAGCCCAUACUCCCCGCUGCUGCCGUCUGCUAUGAAUGCCAGCUGGAUGGUUGGAGACGAGUGUUGACUGCACCGCCACAGAAACCCAUUGCAAAUACACCAAGUAGCCUCUUUGAAUGUUGUGUGUGUUUCAAGAUAUCUCACCUCAAAUGCAUCAGUAACAAAUUUCCAGAUGCAGAUGGGAUUGUUAACGAGGAUCUGCCCAACAGCUGGGAGUGUCCAGAGUGUGUGAAGGAAGGCUAUAAUAAAGAGUACAAACAUAAUCGGGUUCCAAGCAGUCGAGCCUCGGUGACCGGCAGUGACACGGGUGAAGUGAAGACGCCACAGAUUCUUUCUGAAGCUGAAGAUGGGGACGUUAAGGUUAAAAUUGAAGGUUUGGAGACUGAAGACAAAUCCUUUCAAUCCAAGAAGACAGACAUGUCAACAGGGAAGAUGAAGCAAGAGAUAGGAAGUGCAAUAGAGGGCCUUGAUGCUGCCCCUCCACACAUGCCAACAUGGGAACAGCUGCAGGCCCGAGUGUCUCGUCCACUGGUGCGUCCUAUGUGGGUAGUACGGCCAAACCCGCCACCUCCAGAUGAGGAUGAAGAGGAGGAGGAGGAGGAGGAGGAGAGUGGCAGCGAUGGGGAGAGUCGUCCAGCUGCACGUGAACCUCUUCCACCGACAAUGAAUCGUGCUGUGAUGCUUCCCGUUUUUCAUCAUUUAUCUGUGAGAGACUUAAAGGUGGUGAUGCAGGUGUGUAGAACUUGGGCACAGUGGGCAAUAAACCCAACUUUAUGGAAAACUAUCAACCUUGCACAUAAACGAGUUGAUGUAUAUCACCUGGAGGGUGUUGUGCGCCGCCAGCCUUGCUUGUUGGAUUUAAGUUGGGCUCGAGUUAGUGCAGAGCAACUGUGCUGGCUUUUGGCUCGACUUCCUCAGCUCAAGGAACUCCACCUAGAGGGUCAGGGUUGGGAAGUGGUGUCGGGUCUCACCUCUCCUUACUGCCCAGCUCUGUCUCGACUCAAUUUAUCAUACUGUGAGGGGUUAACUGACAGUACACUAACAACUUUACUAUCAGCCCCACGAACUCACCGUCCAGGCCACCGUGACACAACUACACGACUGCGUCAACUCACAGAUCUGAGUUUGGCAGGAACUCAAGUUGGAGAUGAAGGAGCUAGAGCUAUCGUACGUUCCCUGCCAUUUCUUAGUACUCUCGACUUGAGCAGUUGCCAGCGUAUAACAGAGCUUAGUACAGCUUUAUUGGCUCAUCCCUCCAGUGUUGUAAGUCAUUCACUGUCAUCAUUGGAUUUAAGGGGUUGUCACCGCCUGGCUCCGACAUGUCUACCGUCCCUCACUUGUUUACCUCUUCUGUCCAAGUUGGCACUUCACCCUUGCUCCCGCAUUCCAUUAGCAGCACUUCGUGUUUGGGGAAAAUCUCACGGUUACACUCUUGGUGUGGAGGACAUUUUAGCAAGGGCACCUCCACCGCCCCCUGACCCAGAUUUAGAUCCUUCCUCAGACUCAGAUAUGUCUUCUCUCUCCAGGUCAUCAUCUCCAGGAGUUGCCAGAAUAACACAAGAAACUCCAGAAAUAUCACCAAAUAACCCAGAUGCCAAGAAAGGAACAGAAAGUCCCCCAAAAUUGGAGUCUGGUGAAAAAGAUGAAAAAGAAAAAGAUGAGCAAGUGGAUGCGAGCAAGAAAGAGAGUUCAUUAGGCAAGAACUCAGAUGUGGAAUCCAAUUCAAAAUCAAAUGGAAUCCCUUCAGGUAAAUCAAAAAUCCUGUCAAGUACUUCAGGUAAAAAGAAACCAGAUAAAGUGGAGGAGACAAACAAAAAGGAAGAUAAAGAGGUGGAUAAUUCCAUAAAUAAAAAAACAAGUGAGAAGAACACUGAGAAUCUCCAGAGCAAAACUGUCUCACAGAAAGGUGGAAGUGACUCCCCUGUGAGUGGCAGCUUGAGGGUGUCAACAAGAAGACAGAGCCGUUUGCAAGACUGUGAUGGUGAUUCUGGGACCUCAGUUGAUCAAGCCAGCAAAAAGAAUACAGGUUCUCCUGAACACCCUAACAAAAAUAGUGGACCUUCAGAGACCAGCAAAAAGAAUUCUGCUUCUUCUUCAGAACAAGUUAACAAGAAGACUACUACAUCUUCUGAACCAGUUUCCAAAGACAAAACACCAGAGCAGGUCAAUAAAAAGAUAGCAGCAGCAUCUCCUCAGCAGAUCUCCAAAAAGAGCACAUCAUCAUCAGAGCAAAUGUCUAAAAAGAAUACAUCACCAGCACAGCAGACUUCCAAGAAGAAUGGAACGUCACCUCAAGAGCAGGUCUGUAAAAAGAACACACCACCUCCUCCAGAGCAGAUAUCCAAGAAUUCACCCUCACCUGAACAAGUCUGCAAAAAGAAUUCAUCUCCUGAACAGAGUUCCAAAAAGAAUCUAUUCGAACAGGUUUCCAAAGCAAAUUCCUCACCUGAACAGUGUUCCAAGAAGAAUUUAUCACCAGAACAAGUCUCAAAAACAAAUUCCCCUCCUACACAAUGUUCCAAAAAUAAUCAGUCAGAAGAGGUUACCAAAAAGAAUUCACCUCCUGAACAGGGUACAAAAAAUAAUUCACCUGAACAGGUUACCAAGAAGAAUUCACCACCUGAACAGGCUACAAAAAAGAGUUCACCUGAACCAGUUACCAAAAAGAAUAUAACACCUACAAUAGAACAGAUUCCUAAAAAGAGCACCUCAACUGAACAAGGUUCCAAAAAAAGUGAAACAGCUCCAGAACAAGUUUCAAAAAAGACCACAGACUCAUCCUCAGAUGUGGUUUCUAAGAAGAACACACAGACUCCUGACCAACCCUCCAAAAACAAUUCGGUGCCACUUGAACAAGAUGGUCUAAAGACUAUAACACCACCACCUGAGUCAACCUGUAAGAAGAGCACCACAUCCUCCCCUGAGGUGGCAGUGAAGAUCACUCACUCUCCAGAACCACCCAGUAAAAAGACUGCAGUUUCAUCUUCAGAACAAGUAACCAAGAAGAGUGAGGCACCAUCUCCUGAACAGACGAGCAAAAAGAAACCAGUUGACAAGAAAAGUACGUCAGGGUCACAGGUAAAUAAAAGUUCAGAUGUACAGAUCAACCAGAAGAAUGUCAUUAUUACAGCUGUUGAAGUACAUCGUGCAGAUACUUAUGAGGGCAAGGGAGAUCAGGAGGGCUCGGUGAAACGACCCGAGAGAAGACAGAGUGUGAGAAGGUCAAAAGAUGAACAGGAUCCCAGAGUUGAUGAAAAGAGGGAGAAGAACGAACGGUUGGGCACUGAGUCACCAAAAGACAAACGAAAGGAUCCAAAAACUAGGGAAGAGGAAAUGAAUAGAAUUACUGUCGAAGAUUCCACUGAAAAAGAUUCUAAACAGCAGAGUCCAAAGAAAAUGGAGGACAAAGAGAAGAAACAGAGCGCAGCAGCAAACAAAAGAAUUACGGAAAAGCUUCAGGAGUCUUCACCCCGAGUCAAACAGGAAAAAGAUAUUGUCACCAGGUCCACAAAAAGACUGAAGACUGAAAAGGCUGUUGAUGAAAAGCAGAAUGAGGUGACAAAGGAUGAAGAGGGACAAAAGUCUGGUGAAAGUUCGGUAGACGUAAGGAAGACUUCAAGGAGAGGCAAAGAGCUGCGAGAUGAUAAGGAGGAGACAGUCUCAGAGGAAACACAAAAGAAAGAUAUUAAGUCACCCAGACCAGGAAGUGGAAGAAAGGAAAAGGAGGCUGUACCUGGGAAGACAAAUGAAAAGAAAGAUGAGGACCAAAAAUCUAGUAAGAGAAGUCGACUUGACACAGAAGAAUACAUGUCCAAACUACGCAGGAAGUCAUAUGAAGGAGAUGGAUCAAGCGACUCCUCAGCAGUUGAAAGUUCCAAAAAGGAAGACACUGCCGAGGAGAAGAUUAAAUCAAAAAGAAGAUCAGCUCGAGAGGAUGAAAGUACAAAGACACCGACGGAGAAAAAACAAAAGGAAGAAUGUAAAGAGGAGAAGAACAAAGGUACAUCAGCCUGUACUGAACCAACAGAGACUGUGACAAAACAAAACAAAGCUGUUAGUGAGACACCAGAUGUGAAACAGAGUAAAAGGAAAAAUGAAGAUGGCGAUGACGGUGGAACGAGCAAUAAGAAGAUGAAGGACGAGGGUGAAGAGGCCGGCAAGGCCGUCAAGAAAACUGAAAUUACUCGGGAACGAUCAGGAAGCAGAGAAAGGCCCGAAAGAGCUCACAGGUCUCCCAGAAGACUAUCUAUGUGUCAGUAAAACUUUGUGGUUAUUUUUGUUUUUAUUACAUAUAUAUACAUGUUGUAGUUAGUGUUUAGAUAUGAUCAAUACCUCAAGUGAUUAUAUGAAUUUUAUGCCAUCAUCCACAGUUUUUCUUUGGUAACUUGUUAUAUUUUUUCCAGACUCUUUAAGAAUUGUGUGAUACAGUUUUAUAGAAGGAUUAUUGUAUGUUCAUAUUUUAUAUUUUUAAAGUAACUGCACAAGAGCUUUGUACUGUAAAUAAAUUUGAUGUAGAUACACCAUAAUAUAUUUAUGAUUUGUCCUAGAUAAAAAGUGUGCUUCAAAAGUGAUACUUUUUACUGAAUAAAGGAAUGUUUUACAGUAUAAUAAUAAAGUACUGUAUAUGUUACAAAAUUUUAUCUCAUAAGAAUUAAUUCAGUUCUGAAA